GAAUCACAGUUGUUUUGUUGGGAAAAAAAUAAACAAUAAUUUUAGCUGGCCGUUGUGUGCGAACGAAAAAGUGGAAAUUAUGCGAAUCUCGACAGUGAAAGGGCAACGCGAUGCUGGCAAUGAAAGUGUAGGCGCGGCUUUUCCGGAAUUUCCAGCUUAUCGUCACCUGUGCACCUGUGCUGGCAUUUCCACCGAUUUUCUUUUCGCCCGUGGAGCUGCAAUGGCGACAAAGUUGAGAACGAUCAAUUUCGCUAAAUAGAAAGAGCAAUCAAGGAUAAAGAGCGGUGUAGAGAGAGAGGAGAGCGGUGGGUGCAGUGCAGGCGAAAAUAGCGAAACAGAACCGUUUUUUCCCCAUCAAAAAAGAGUUUAUUAAAGGCGAAUAAGAGUGUGUAAAGGCAAAGAAAAGUGGCAAAACGAGGGUUAUAUAAAAAUAUAUAUAUAUGUUAAUCAAGUGCCACGAAAUGCAGUCUUUGAAAAAAUCGAAAAUAAAUCAAUGAUAUAGACGCAAAAUCCAGGAGAAAUAAGAAGCAGCACAGCUGAGUGCGUGUGUGUGAGAGCUUCGAGUUUGUGUUUGUGUGUGCAAGUGAAAUCAAUAAUAUUUGCAGCCAAAAAAUUAGAAACUGCAACAAUGUCGCAAAAUAGAAUUGAGGCAACAAAUUAGCAAAGCCAUAAAUCCCGGCUUCACUGAGCGAAAAAUUGUGCCUUUUCUCGGGAUCUUCUGCUGCAAAGCGAAAGAAGCAAAAAGCUAAAAAUAAUGGAAUUUUAACGAAGUUUUGAAAGUGUACUUCUGGUGCAAGAAGCAGCAGCAGCAGCAAUAGCUAGAGGAAUCGGAAUCGGAGACGGAACCGGAACCGGAAACAUCUCCAGAUCCAGCGGACAGGCAACCAACCGACCGACCGACCGACCGACCAUGAUACCCACCAGCGUGACCAACUCACCGCCGCCAGCGGGAUUGGGCCAAAAUGGAGCGUCUGCCUCCUUGGGCUCAGCAACGGCGGCGGCGGGUGGCGGGAUGUUGUCCGGCCUGGCAAUGGCCGGCAUCUCUGGAUGUGGGUCGAACGGAGGAUCGGGAGCUGCUCAGAACAACUACAGCUCCGUUGUGUUGGGCCUGGCAUCGCUAAUCCUUGAGGGUCGUCCCAUCGCAGACGACGAGUAUGCCCAGCAACAGGUGGGCAUAGGCAUAGUCGGACUCGGAGUGGGAGGAGCCACUGGUGCAGGAUCUGGUGGCGGACGCCUAUCGCCACGACCCUCCACUUCCAGGGCGGCCAUCAACAUCACAACGAAUCCCUAUGGAUCGAUGGGAGGAUCGGACAACAGAUCGGCCAAUGGAAGUGGAACGGGAUCGGCGACGGGGUCACCCAGCAGUUCGCUAACCCACCAGCGCUGGACACAGAAACUCUGCCAGUUGCGUCAGAUCUCGCCAGCUGCCCAGACAAUGAGUGCCGAACCGGAGUUGGUUUCCCUGGCCAUCAAUGAGCUCAACAAGGAUCACGGCGAUUACGAGAUUGUACGGCGGGUGAUGCUCAAUCGAGCUGGUGGUUUGGGUUUGGUUGGCAAUGCCAGUGGCGGUGGUGGUGGAACCAACAACUCCAGUGCCGCCAGCUCACCGGGCUCCAAUUCAUCGGAUAACAUACUCCACUCGCUGCAAUCGCUGGCCACCACAUGUUUGAGAGGUGGACCCGCCUUGGCACCGCCACCUGUUGAGCCACGUCCUCUGAAUCUGGCCUUUCUAUGGUCAGGAUCAGGCGGAUCUGCUGGCAGAGGAAGUGGACUAGGAGGAGGAGCAGCAGCAGCUUGCAUUAGCAACACAACAACAACAACAGCAACAACAACGGCAACUGCCACUGCCAGCAGCGGAGCAACUAGCUCCGCAUCGCGGCCCAAACACGGGCCGCACUGUGAUCAGUUCCUCAGGAAGAUGGGUCUGGCCAAGGGCGAGAUGCCAUCGGAGGCUGAGGAGCACAUCUGUGAUAUGUCCUACGUGAAUAUGACCUGCAAUCGUUGGCGGGCAUAUUGCAUGAAGAUGGAGGCCAUCCUGGCCAGACGCGAACCCGUUUGCAUCGAGGUCUAUCUGGGUCCCGUGAGCCAUAAGCUAUUGCUGGAGCAGUGGAUCAUCAGCGGCAAGGAGAAAGUUCCUCCACCAACGAUGACGUUGCCUUCGCUGUGCAGCGCCAUUCGGAGUCAAUUGUACUUCUCGCAGAUUGUGGCCUGGUGUGAUCUGCUCCGGAAAUGCGAUCCUUCGGUGUACGACAGUGGCCGUGUGAUCUUCUCCAGCUGCGGCAACAUAAGCAACAAUGCCGGCGACUUGGCCACCAGCCAUACACCCAUACACAGUGCUGCUGCUGCUGGUGGUGGUGGUGGUGGUGGUGGUCAGAAGAGACCGCGCCUCAACAUCUUCUACAGGAUCAAGCAGCACAACACCAACGGUGGUGGGCUACACCACGACGAUGGCUUCAGUGCCAAGGCCAAUGUGCACAAUUUUCCCAACGUCAAUGUCUCGGAGAGCUACAGCAUCUCGGUUAGUGUGCGUACUUUGCCCCGGAUAAAUGGUGGCCUGCCGCAUGUGGAGCCACCACCAAUGCCACCAAUGCCACCGACUCCAGCACCGCGUAGUUUGCGUCACGCCUGCACCGGCGAUCCGGCCAGCACGCCCACUGGUGGCGGUGGUCUACAUGCCGCCACGCCCACUGGCCUGGGUGCCCGGAUCAGUGCCCUCACCCCAACGACAAUGGCCAGCAGCAUAAAUGGUUCCAACUGUGAUAAUGGAAGACCAGCAAUGGACGGACUGGACGAACUCGAUGGCGAUACGAGUUUGAGUCAUCGCGAGAGGCAGUUGCAAAAGUAUCGCAAGCGAAUGCAGCGCAGGGACAAGAAAAGGGAGAGGAAAACGACGCCCGAAAGGAUGUCAAAUCAGCGGCCACACCAAACCGAGGAGCCCAUGGAGGAGGGUGAGGAUUUGCAAUCGCCAUCGCAAUCGCAAUCUCAGACGCCAUCGGAAAGCCAAAGCCAAUCUUUGGCCCUGACUUUGCAGCAACCACGACGCAUUGCCAUGAUCUCCACAGGGACACAGACUUCGUUGAGCAGCUGCCAGCAGUGCGGCAGUGAGAAGACACUGCUCUGUUUAAGUUGCACAGGAGGAGCAAAUGGAUCAGCUGGCAGAACGGGUGAAGCAGACGAAGCCGAUGAUAGCGAUACAACAGCGUCCGAAAUGGAAGAGACCUCAACGUGUAGCCUCAGUAGCAGCGAUCUCAUUGUGGGCACACCGCGCAACAAGGCCGAGCUUCUGCUGCAGGCCAUCCAGCGUACGCCAAAGAACCGCCAUCGAAAGCCCCAUCAGGCGGGCAACGCGUGUCGCAACUCAGAUCUCAAUGGCGGGCAGAACAACAAUGUGGUUGUGAAGGCCAUGCCCAGUGGCUGUCAGGUGUGCAAGCGGCAGAAGACGCAGCACAACUUUGCCAAUGGCAAGGAGCACAAACCCAUUCACACCAAUGGCGGCGAGCAUUCGCCGAGCAAUGGUUUUGCCAGCAGCAGCAUGCAGCCGGAGUUGGAAUUGGAAUUGGAAUUGGAAUUGGAGAAGCAAACUGAGGUAAAGAUUGCAUCCACCAAACUGACGCCCAACAUUGAACGCUGCUCGCUGAAUGGCGCAGAGCGCUGCAAGACGCCACCGCCGCCCGACCAUCACAUAGUGGUGCAGUUCAAGACGCCGCUUAGCCAUGUGCCGGCGAAACCUCAACCGGAUGCAAUGGUGCCACUGCAACAGCAGCAACAGCUAGGCAAAUCCUCACCGAAACCGUGUCAGCUUCGUUUAAAUUGUGGCAAUGGCAAUGGCAAUGGCAAUCUGUUGGACAGCGAAACGCCGCCGCCGAAUGUGUCGCCACAAAUGCGUAAGGCUUUGCCCAAAGUGAACCUAACGACAAUCUUCUGCAGUUCGGCACCCAUUGCCAUUGGCUGUCCCGCUUUUAGUUUCGAUCCGGCUGCCUUGAGUCAUGCCCAUUCGCAGUUGUUGGCUGCGGAUGCGAGUGCCACGCCGCCGGUGCAGAAAUCCUUUUCGGCACCAACAUUGCCACAUGCCGCUUCGUUGUCCGUAUCGCCGCGAUUUGCCAAACAGGCGCUGGCCGCCCACAAGCGGCGUUCGCGUCAUUUGAGCGAUCGCAGCGAUCGUAGUUCCUUGGGCUCCGAUGAGCAGUUGUCGGAUGAGGAUCUGGAAUCGGGUCUAUGCAGUCCGGCCGGUGGCUCCCCAUUGAAGUGUCGCGCCAGGUUGGCGGCUCAUUUCGCCGGGCGUCCGUUGCUGGGAAAUCUGGAGGAAUCGCUGCUGCAGCGGCGGUUAAUGCCCAAGAUCGAGGUGAUGGGCUUCAAGCUGCAGUUGGGCGCCUCUGGAGGAUUCUGUCCCACCCAGUUGACCAUACCGGCGGUGUCAUACUUUUACGAGCUGCAUGGCGAGACGCUGAGCACUCCCUAUUUGUGUGAGAUUCGUCUGCCACGCAAGGGCUAUUCGGUGCCGAGGACGGGCACGGUGCAGGCCACACUGCUGAAUCCCAUGGGCACGGUGGUGCGGAUGUUUGUGAUACCCUACGACAUGCGGGACAUGCCCCCGCUGCACCGCACCUUCAUACGGCAGCGCAUCCUGGCCGAGGAGCUUGGCCAGGAUCAGGAGGCAGGAUCAGGAUCAGCUCCGAAGAUGCCCCGGAGUCCCACAGUUACCAGCACCACCAGUAAACUGGGACACUUUAUCAGUGCCGAGCAAAUGAAACGGCUGCGCUACUCCAUACACCUGAGGUUCCAGACAUCUCGCUCCGGACGAUUGUGCCUGCACACGGACAUUCGCCUGCUGAUCUCACGCCGCACCGAUUGCGAUACGGCGGCUGCCCAUGCCAAGGGCGUUCUGGAGGCACCCAACGAGCUGGUGACGGACACUCUGAUGCCCGCCGAGCCGCGUUACAGUGCGCGACAGGAGAGCGCCGGCCGGAUUUAGUAGCUACUGCAAGCCCUCGGCGGCACAAUCGAGCUGCUGCGUCGCCUGUGCAAGCAGCUCCACGAUAAAUGGCAGCAACGUGAGCCUCGGGAUCUCUGGCAGUGGCCCAGAUACCAAUUGUAGCUGAUCAGGAGAAGGAGUCGAUGCAGGCGGAGCAGGCGGAGGAGGCGGAGGGCAGGAGGUGAAACAAACUCCUGUGUGUGUGUGUGACAACCAACCAACCAACUGCUUUACUAGUUAUCGUUUAAUCUAUCCCUAAGUUUAGUUUCUCUUAAAAUUCUUUUUUUGGUAUUCCACCUCUCGCAUGAGGUUCUCUAUAUAUGCGUUUAGUUUGAAUUUGAAUUACUGGCAAAAUGUGUGUGAAAAAAACACUGCGAAAGUAAAAAAAUGUUGAAUAUGAAAAAGCAAUCGAAUCGAAUCGAAUUGGUCGGUCAGUCAGAGAAGAGCGAAGCAAAACUAUCUGUGUCCGUUUAUCGUAUCUCCGAAUCGAACUGUUACUAUAUCUUUUGGGGGGUCGUGGUUCACAUGAUGAGGAUCUAAAGUGCGGAGCAAUUAGCAAUACUAAAAAAAAACAACUAUGCAAUGUGUGAGUGUGUAAACGCAAGGGAGAUAACUACGUAUAUAGGGCAAACAUGCAGAUAUCACAUACAAUAUAUAUAUAUAUAUAUAUUUAAAUAUAUAUUUAUGUACCAUAUGUAUAAUCGUCGAGUAGCGUCAGCAAUUUUAAAUGGCAAUUUUGUGAAGGAGUCUGGAGUCAGCGAUUUGCAGUAGGUUUUUUGGGGGCCAGGAUAAGAAGGAAGCAUGGUUGAUGAUGCGCACGCUCAUAUCGAUCGUUGUUGUUAGUGUGUAGUGUGUUUUAACCACAGAAAUUACAAAAAUGAAAACAGAACCCUUUCAUUGAGUGCAAGUUUGAAAUGAGUUUACCUUCUAGUUUCGAUUCUAAUUUGGUAUUUCCGUUCUGAGAGUGUCUAUUAAGCGUGCCUGUGAUACGAUAUGAGCUGCAUGUGGGGGGUAAUUCUAAUAGAGUUUUUUUUAGUUAAAUACAAUUGACAAUUACACUUUUGUCGUUUUCCUUCCCCGUUUAUUUUAUUUCUUGUUUUGUUGUGUUCUCCAUAUGCAACAAGUGCUUGGAGUUUAUUUGCACGCCAUGCAAUCGGGGAGUUUUUAUAGAAAAAACACCUCGCAAACUUCAGGCACAUUUGUACUACACUAUUACUGAUCUAGAUGUGUUGAAUUCUAACCAAAUUCUAAUUUUCCAAUUGAUACCUGACUAUAACUAUUGUAUAACAACGUACUACACAGCUAUUAACAAAUUUUCAAUCUAGGUGGUAUGAAAAACAAAUAAAAUAUAACAUUUAGAAAACAAAACAAAACAAAACAAAAAAAUCCAAGCGAAACAAUAAAGCAAAGUCGAUGGGAAUAUGCAUUAAACCCAUCGACCGGGAAUCAUACAAUUUACUUUGUUCAAUUUGUUUUAAGUAGAGAGCUUAAUGUGCGCUGUCAAUAGCAAUUAUAUGUGUAACAAUAACACCAAUAUACAAUACAAUGAUUCAAUAAA